AUGGCUCGGGUCGUGAGAAGGGUCAUGUCAGCUUCGGCUCGGCGCGCGCCCAGUCGCGCUGUCAGGCGAGCUCGCAAGCAUAAGGUGAUCAUGGAGACGAUCACUCAAGAGAAGAAAAAACUGCGGAGCGUGAUCUGUUUCGAGGCGCAGGCGCCGAGUGGUUAUACGUUCAUCCCAGCGGGGAAUCCUCUUCUGACCACAUCUUGCAAGGAGCGGUGUCGAAAAGAUGGACUCCAGGUCUACGCAGUCUCGACCACACCUCAUAUGAGCACCCAUAACCUGUCCCAACAUGUCCAUAGAAUAGGGUAUCACUUCCCAAGUACAGUGGUUGCGGCGGCUUGCUCAGAGCUAGGCCUGUACCUUACGAGUGCUGGAAAAGCCGUGCCCUUCCACACACUGGGUGCUCUACAAGAAAAUCCCCCUGCAAACUCCGAGGUUGAUCAAAUUACAAUCAACACCGAAGCAAGAGAUGCAAUCAGGGAUCUCUUCCCUAACAUUCCUGAUAACGAUAUUAACCAAAUUAUCAAAACGGCUUUUCAAAAGGGUCAACGAAAAGUCGGCACAGCAUCCGAAUUGCCUUUGGCUCGCAGAGCCCAGCUGGCAGUGGUGGCACACAUUCGCCACCUCUACACUGAUUAUGAUCGCCUUUUGAAGCAGAAAUCCUUCCAUGAAGCUAGGUCGGAGGUCGAGCAAGUGACCCUGGCCAAGGUUAUCGCAUGGCGUGGGGACGAUGAGAAUGGCCAGACAGCCCUUGAGGACGUCUUCCGCGAGGUAAUCGUUAUUUCAGAUGACGAUGACAGCGAAACCGAAGAAGAAGAAGGGCUCGCGCCAGCCGGCACUAGGGACCACAAUGUGGAGAUCCUCUCCAGCAAUUCCCGGACCCACGAGAUUCAAACUCAACCCAUCAGUGCUGUGCAUGUCACAACCCAGGAUCCUUUGCGAGAGCAGUCCGAGGAAGCCCCGCCUGGGUUCCGGAUUGUCACCCGUGUGCCCGCCCGGAGUGCCAUCAACCGCCGUGGAUUCAACAGAUACCAAGCCUGGAACCGCGCCUUGAAUCGCUAUCGAGCUGAAGCCAAUGGUACUCAACAGGUCCCGAUCGGUGGUGUCACCUCCGGUGAAAAGCAGAGCCCGCAAUAUGGGAAUCGUCCUGUUGUUGUUCAUGAGAUGCCAGAUCCUAGACGCCGACAAGUUCCACUUUCGUCCAUGGAGAUUGUCCCCGAGAGCAGAGUUCUAGCAGUUUAUGCUGAAAAGCCUGGACAGCGAUUGCUAGCCAAUCCACCAACGGAUCCCCUGGCUGGGAAGAGCCACGUAGGUGCUCAAGAAAGACGUCCUCCUUUGGAGCCUCAGCCGAUGGUUGCCCAGUAUGAAUCCAGAGGGCGACCACCGCCACCACUAACCACCCAGAAACCACAUGAAAUUCGUCAUUUGGAAGUCAGACCCUAUCCUGCUGCUAAUACUGGCUACUCUCAGGGUAUAUCCUACCCGAACACGAGCACUCAUGCUCGGUCGGAGAGGUUCCCCAUAUCGCUCAACAAUGGAUCAAACGCGCCGGUGUUUGUGAGCGGGCCACAGGAACUACACCUAAACCGGGAGAGCCAAUUUGGACAUCGGACUGAUCUUCACAGCCCCUUUCAUCCCAGGACAGCACCAAGCCGUGAGGAUGCAAUCCCUUCAAUUGAAUUGAUGGACUCCUCGAGCCUUGCAGAAAAGCGCCAUGCAGAUGGCCGCCUAGUACACCUGACCAACAGGAUGUCGCUUCGUUCCGUAACCCCAGGUCAUUCACAGGGUGAGACGUCCCGGCAUGCCCAUGCCGUUGCCCCGGACAGCCCGGAUGAUCAGAGCUCCAAGAGGAGACGAUUGGCACACCAUGCCGCGAGCGCUGUAAACCCUCGCCUCAAUGACUGGAACACAAGACCCAUUGGAAAUCCAAUUCCCGAAGGACGGGGCCCAUACCGCCGCGAUGAGAUUGUCCUGCCGGAGCCUCAUUCGUCAGAUCGGUUCCACCUCCGUCGGGAGCCUCCCCCGCCUGCAGAGCAGCCUCUAGCCAUAGGACACCCGCGUCAGAGAAACCCUGCCCACUUGGUUCCGUCUCAAGCCACCUCGAAUGCCGGGCCCCCUCUAGACCGGACACAUAUUGCCGACCCGUAUGGGCCAGUUCCCAUGCAUACCCAGUCAGGCCAUCCUGGCUACAGUGGCACUGUCACCUCUAGUGAUCGGACUAUCGGGCCACCAACAGAUGCUACUUACGCGCAAGUCCGUCCAGCUUACUAUGAUGAUCGUAGUCCCCGUUUGGACCGUGUAUGGCCCACGAAGCCUGAAGAACAACGAUUGCCUGUUUGGACCUCUUAUGCUGAUGCCGGACACUCCGUGGUCCAUUCUGCUCCCUCCAACGGGAAGCUGUACGCCGACGACUUUGUUCGUCCUGUUGACUACCGCGAGGCUCGUCCAGCUCCAGUGGUUUACCACGUUCCGCGGCCGAGACACCAACAUAUCCCGCGUGUGGAAGAGGACCGUGGCCAUCCGGCACGGGCGAGGAUUUCCGACCCUCAUACCUGUCAAGAUCUACCUCACUCCCAGGGCCCCCCAGAAACCCGUCAUCCUCGAAGUCCACGGGUAGCUUUGGUCUCUCAUGACCAGGCACCUCGUCACCUCAAUGCCGGAUCUAGCCCGCGCGAAUCACACAGUAAACCCAGCGGCGCUUCUCGUGAUAGACGCCCUGGUAGCGGGCUUGGCGCGCCGCGACGCGUCCAUGACCCGCGGUCUUUCCAGAUGGUCGAGCAAAACCGCCCAAUUUAUGUGCAACGAGUCGAGUCGCAUCCCCCGUCGCAGUAUGCCGUCCCCGAUGGCCGGCCCAUUGUUAUUGUGGAUUGA